CAAAUGACGUUGCAACCAGCUGAUAGUUUAUUACUUCCUAGUUUUUUUUUGCAUUUUUAUUACUCCUGCAACUGUCAACUAGAACGUGACUCAUAAACAGAAGAAAUUAGUGAUUCGUGCAUUCGCUUCGAGUGCAAACAUGAAGCAAAAAAUUGAUUUAGAGCAGUGCCUAAGUGAUUCUCCUAAAUUUAGGCAACUGUUAGAAGAGGAAGAAGCUAGUAUUGAUCAGUUGGAAACAAAAUUGGAAAAAAUCUUGAAGAUGUGUGGUAGCAUGGUCGAUACCGGAAAAACAUAUGUCGCUCAUCAAAGCUUAUUCGCUAAUAGCUUAUGGGAUCUGAGCACUCACUUUCGCGAGGAUUCCCAAGUGUUGGCCGCGUUAAACAAAUUAAUCCACAGUCUGCAAGAGAUGAACAAGUUUCAUACCAUUCUUUUAGAUCAGGCUUCAAGAACGAUCCUUAAGAAUCUAACAUCAUUUGUUAAAAACGACAUCAAACACGUCAAAGACAGCAAGCAGCAUUUUGAGAAAAUUUCCUCGGAGAACGAUAACGUAUUAGUUCGAAAUUCGCAAAUGGCGAAAAGUAAACAGAACGAGGUCGAAGAAGUUCAAAAUUUAUUGGUAGCCACACGGUCGUGUUUUCGGCAUCAAACUCUUGAUUAUGUUUCCAGUGUGUGGACAUUGCAAGCAAAGAAACGACACGAAAUAUUGGACACAAUGCUCUCUUACAUGCGUGCCUGUUCCACAUAUUAUCACCAAGGAUCUGACUUAUGCGAAGAUUUAGAUCCGUUCUUUAACAAAUUAAGCGACGAGAUUGUGCAACUCCAAGAAGAAUCGUACAAGAUCGAAAAGGAAUUAGAAAAUCGUCACACUAUCGUUAAUAAUAAAGAAGUAAUUUGUACUUCGUCCGUUAAGGGUGCGCCAAUUUUAGAAGGCUAUCUGUUUAAACGGACCACAAGUGCUUUCAAAACUUGGAAUCGGCGGUGGUUUUAUUUAUAUGACAACAAAUUAGUUUAUAGGAAGAGAACGGGCGAAGAGCAUGUGACUGUGAUGGAAGAUGACCUUAGGAUUUGUACUGUAAAACCAAUUCUAGAAGGAGAACGGCGGUUCUGCUUUGAAAUUGUAUCGCCCUCGAAGAGUCACGUCUUGCAAGCCGAUUGCAAGGAAUUAUUCGAUGCGUGGAUUUCUGCUUUGCAAAAAGGCAUUGGUGCUGCAAUUCAAAGGUUUCAUGGUGAUAUUAAUACUAAUGAUGACAAUCGGCGCGAUUCGGGUACUAGUACUGCUUCCACUUCGAGCGGCAAUGAUUCGCAAGCGAUUAAUAGAGGCAACAAUAAUAAAAAUAGCAAAUUGUGGUUACAGCUUUUGAAGAUUCCCGGAAAUAAUUUUUGUUGCGAUUGUGGUGGUGCUAAUCCACGCUGGGCCAGUAUUAAUCUUGGUAUUACGUUGUGUAUUGAAUGUUCCGGAGUUCAUAGAAGUUUAGGUGUACAUUACAGUAAAGUGAGAUCUCUAACGCUCGACGAUUGGGAGCCCGAAAGCAUUAAAGUAAUGGCAGAGUUGGGGAAUACAAUUGUGAAUAAAAUUUAUGAGGCGAAUGUGCCCAUAGAUUUCGUACGUGCAACGCCGAGCUGUGUUGGUUCGGUGCGAGAGAUGUGGAUAAAGGCGAAAUAUGUCGAGAAAUGUUUUAUAAAGAAAUUACCACAGUUUUCGAAUUCUCCGCAGAGAUCGUCUCGGCUCAGCCUCUCGAAGGUGAAAAAGUGGAGCGUUCGUAAGCUUCGCAGGCGACCUAAAAGUUGCGAUAAUAAAAAGGCGAAUAGGAUAACGAGCGAUAAGUCGGAUGAUUCGCAAGUAGAUAGCGAGAAGAGUGGGGAUCCGGAUAAUGAGUCGAAUGUAUUAUUAUUCGGUGGCGAUUUAGAUAAGCAGGUUUUAGAUAGCUCAUUUAGUUUGAGUAGUGAUCAGGAAUCGACAGGAGGUGAAGACAACGAAGUGUUAGCUGAAGAAGAUAUUUCUAAACUUCAUCCCAACCUUUUAUUGUAUAAAGCUGCCGCCGCCCACAACUUACCAGUCAUGUGCGAGGCGUUUGCUUUAGGUGCUGAUAAAUGUUGGACAAAUUUAGAUGAUAAAAAUCGCACAGCUUUACAUCAAGCAGUACUUAGUGGUUCGGUUAUGUCUUGUGCAUAUUUACUUUUAAAUGGGGCAAAAAUUAAUAUGCAGGAUAACAAUGGAAAAACGCCAUUGCAUCUUGCCACACAUGGUGCUCACACUGCUCAAAUUUGUUUACUGUUGAAGUAUCGUGCCAAUCAACAUUUAGAAGAUGACGAAGGUAAAGUUCCACUCUCAAUUGCAGAGCAAAUGGAACAUGCUGAUAUUGUUACGCUGUUGAGAUUGGGAAGGUUAAAUGAAGAAAUGAAGGACGCGGAUGUUGGUGUAACUAACGACGAAAUGUUCAACGACGUAGUUCGCGAUUUUUCCCAACUGGCAUAUUGCCACCCAGAACGGUUGGUGCGUCCGAGGCACGACUCUUAGAAUGACUGUGUAUAGAUAAUAUAAAAGAAAAAGUAUUAGUCUAAGUAUUGCUUAAGUGCUUUGAUCAUUAUACAAGUGGCCUAAGCGAUUAUGAUAAAAUUUGUGUGUAAACAUUUUACAUUUUUAUAAUAUCGAAUCUCUUCAUUACUUCUUCGUAGUAGGAAUAAGGUGUAUUGUGUAUCUGUAUAAGAUUUAAGGAAAAUUUGUUUUUAUUAUUUCCUUUUUUAUAAUUGUUACCACUUUGUACUGUUGAUUUAAUUACAUUUUAUUGAACGAA